AUACGGAGUGUAAUUAUUUUCCUUUUAAAUUUAUCGGGGAAGGGAUUAUGUACCAUACCCAAUUUGGUUUCAGAUGUUGUUAAAACUGUAGCUCCAUACAAAUUGGGUAAAAACUAUUGUUUCUUCAUGUGCUGACAUUAUAAAAAUCUCUUCAAUCCAUGGUAAAACGGAAAGAGAGGUACCCAUUUUUGGCGAAUUAUUGGUGGCGCUAUCACAAUAAUAAAGAGAGAAUGCGAAGGACUGAAGGCAAGUCUAAAAGUUUUGCAGAUGGCUGGUACUCAGUCCCGUAUCAUUAAUCAGCCUACUCUACUAUGGAGACCAACUAUUAGAGGUCAAACGUCAAUUAAAUACUGCGGGGGACCUCACACGUGUGUAAUACAGUCACUCCAACUCUGAAAAAAUAAGCUCAUUUGAAACUGAAAGAACUGGUGAUUGCAGAUCUACUAAUAUGGGAAAAAAGAAGAGGGGAAGACCUUCAAAAAAGCACAAAACUCAACCUAAAGGGAAAAAUGAGCAGAAAGAGAUCGGUCGAUCGCGUGGUGCAGAUAGUGGCUUGGACUCCGGACUGGAAUCAGAUGUAGAAGAGAGGGCUGUUGUACCAACUGAGAGACGGCCUGGAAUGGUCUCCGCGGGUUUCCCCAAGCUAGAUGGUUACACAUCUGAUGCAGAACCAGACACCAGGGAACUGGUCAAGCAAAUGAACAGGAAGAAGAAGAAAUCGGGCGGGUUCCAGUCCAUGGGGUUGAGCCAACCAGUAUUCAGUGGCAUCAUGAAGAAAGGCUACAAGAUACCGACGCCCAUCCAGAGAAAGUGCAUCCCAGUCAUCAUGGAAGGCAAGGAUGUGGUUGCCAUGGCAAGGACUGGCAGUGGCAAGACAGCGGCUUUCCUUAUCCCAAUGUUUGAGAAGUUGCACCACCGGUCUGCACAGUCAGGGGCCAGAGCCUUAAUCCUGUCCCCAACAAGGGAGCUGGCGCUGCAGACGCUCAAGUUUGCCAAAGAGCUGGGGCGGUUCACAUCCUUGAAGGCAGAAGUCAUCCUUGGGGGUGACAAGCUCGAUGACCAGUUUGCGGCAUUACACGAGAACCCCGACAUCAUCAUUGCCACACCCGGUCGCCUCCUCCACGUCCUCGUCGAGAUGGAGAUGAAGUUGAAGUCACUGGAAUAUGUCGUCUUUGAUGAGGCAGACAGGCUCUUUGAGAUGGGCUUUGCCGAGCAACUCCGCGAAAUCCUCCACUCCCUCCCCCAGCACAGACAGACACUCCUGUUCUCAGCGACGCUCCCCAAGACCCUGGUGGAGUUUGCCAAGGCGGGCCUGAACGACCCCACGCUCAUCCGCUUGGAUGUGGAGACCAAAAUAUCCGAUCAGCUCCAGAUGCUGUUUUUCUACCUGAGGCUGUCUGAUAAGAUCACAGUUCUGCUUCAUCUGCUGCGAAACGUCAUUGGGGAGGAUGAGAUGACUGUCGUCUUCAUGGCAACCAAGCAUCACGUGGAAUACAUAAAAGAGAUUCUGUUCAUGGCGGGCAUCGACUGCACUCACAUCUACAGCGACCUGGACCAAACGGCGCGCAAGAUCAAUGUGGCUAAGUUUACACACAAAAAGACCAAAGUCAUGCUUGUGACAGAUGUGGCCGCCCGAGGCAUCGACAUUCCGAUGCUAGACAACGUCAUCAACUACAAUUUUCCUGGCAAACCCAAGCUUUACGUGCACAGAGUUGGUCGAGUUGCACGGGCUGGUCGAAGUGGCCGUUCCUUUUCCCUGGUCGGUCCGGAUGAGUUGCCAUACUUACUUGACCUCCAUGUCUUCUUGGGCCGAUCACUCAACCUUGUGUCUUCCAAUGACACAGAAGUUCAAGGUAACGACAGCUGUAUUGGGCGUGUCCCGCAGUCAGUCAUUGACGACGAGGAGGAACUGGUUGCCCAUUUCCACCGGCAGUCGGUGGACCUUGAGGGGCUCCAGCGAGCUUGCCGCAAUGCCUCCAAGCAGUACCUGAAGACUAGGCCCCACCCCUCUGUAGCCAGCCUCAAGCGAGCCAGAACCCUUGCAAUCGCUGAGAGUGGCUACCAUCCCAUAUUUGGAAUAAAGGACAACCACGAAGAAAAUACUCGAGUGCAACUCGUGGAUAACAUUAAGAACUACAAACCCAAAACAACCAUCUUCGAAAUUGCAACAUCCACCAAGAGUGUGGCCCACCAGGUCAUGAAAUCCAAGCGCCGUUUCCAUGGCAACAUUGUGAAGAAGAACAGGCAGCUACAGGGGUCAAAGGUCAUUGAUAGCACAUUAGGAGAUGCAGCGUCCAGGGUUACAGAGGCACAGAGCACCGACAAGGACAUUGAAGAUGCCUUUUCAGCCAUUAUUGCACCGGGAAGCAAGAGGAAAUCAGAGAAAUAUGUCAGCAGCAUUGCUAAUCCCAAGAGACCAAAGAUGGACGUCAAAACAAGCCAUCGCGACGAAGAUUACUACAUUUCCCACCAUGCAUCUGAUAGGCAAACAGAACAAGGUUUGAGUGUUGGAUUGACCUUUGACCAGCAAGCCCAGAAUGCUCUUUUGGACUUGACCCAAGAUGACCCCCAUGGCAUGAUCAAGCAGCGCAGCCAGCUAAAAUGGGAGCGAAAGAAGAAGAAAUUUGUGAAUGAGAUCGGCAAAGAGAGGCCAAAGAAGAUCCGAACAGAGAGUGGGGCUCUUAUCCCAGCAUCCUACAAGAAAAACUUAUACAAAGAAUGGUUGGAGAGGAGCAAAGCCGAAGCAAGGAUGGAGGCAGCAGCUGAGAGUGACGAUGAAAACGAGAGUGGAAAGAACAAUCAAGCCAAAUUCUCCACGCUCGGCCUUAGCCGUCGCAUGAAGAAUCGCCUCAAGUCCUCCACCACAUCGUCCAAGUAUGCUGCGCCCCUCCCUCGGGGGAAGAGUCUGGGUGGCCCUGCCCAGGGCAAGAAGGGCAAGCAGAGAGGUCCUCGGCAGGAGGUGAAGAGCCACGAGCAGGUCCUGAAGGCACGGCGGGCCAAGGAGCAGAGCAAGGCUCGGCACAUCGGCAAGAAACAACGCCAGGAGGCCAUCCAGAAAAAAAUGGAAGGCCGGCAACGGAUGCUGAUGCAGAGGUCAAAGUUCAACAAGAGGAAGUAGACUGUGGACGUUUCUGAGAAGUCAGAUAUAUCUCAGGCUCUGGAACAUUUUAAAGGAUUUCCAUGAUCAGAUCAAAUAGAAAGACAAUCUUUUUGGAUUAAAUUAUAAAAUGUGGAUUUUCAUAAUAAGGUAUGGUGUUUGAGUGCCACAAACAUCAGUUCAAAUUGAGCUGCUGUAUGCCAUGGAGAGAGGCCUGCAAUUUAUGUCCUCAGAAACUGGAAGUCUGGAGGGUUCAUUUUAGGGGCUCUUCAUGGACGCCCCGAACCCCUUUGUUUUUUUGGAGGAAUUGAAAGCGCCAGCAUAUUGGAAAAUUUGCUAGGGGGGGGUUGAGGAUUGUUUUAAGGAUGUAAAAAUUUGGAGUCAUUCUUGGAAAAAUGUCCAACUCUCCCCGCCCAUAAAUCUGAGACCUGGAUAUGUCACUGCCUUGUUACUUGUACUGUGGUAUGUAUAGGCUCAUUUGACACAAGAAGCAAAUAGCAGUAAAAAAAAAAAUAAGAACAUGUUUAAAAUGGUGUCAUUCAUAAUAUCCAUUGCUUUCCAACACACAUCGUCAGUAACGCAACACUACCAAAAAUUACACUGACAUUAAGCGACCAGGGAUACAUUAUUAAUGACACUUCAAUGGCGCAUACAACUGUCAGCCGAUUUUAUUCACGAGCAGGUGAAAAAGGAGAGAAAACAGAGAGAACAUUUGGAGCUGUCUUGCCUGCAAAACAGUACCGCACAACUACGUAGAGCAUUUAUCAAUUACGUCCAUACAUACUCACAACAGCCCACCCAAACAAUAAGUUGUGUAUUGAUUCAGUUGUCUUUCUUAGCUUCUAGGGUGACAUUCAUGUCACCGUUUCGCAUGAAAGAUACCCACUAACAUAACCAUUAUCCAUGCUAUGGCGACCACAAAGUAAUAAGCACAGCAGAGUACAUGCUAAUAUUUUCAAGCAAAACUGUGUAUAAAUCACGGCAUAUACAUGUACCAAGUGGGCUUUCAGUCUCCUGGAAUUCAGCUCUCAAGAUUUUGUACCAAUAUUUACAGCCCCACUUGACCCUGACCUUCCCAAAUUUGCCAAAAUCCUUGUGUGGGAGUGGAUUUUGAAAGAUCUAGCCUCUGUGG